ACAUGUUUCCACCACUGUUGUAUUUCGCGCGCAAUUGCAUGCAGCAGGUGUCAAGGACUACAUCGAUCCAUUCAUUGAGGAUAGUGACAACGUUGAGGUAGAAAUGGCUGAAUCGAUGCUCAUCUUGAGAAUGUGUUCCAUAAUAUUGGUCCUUGGUUUUUCAGAGGCCAAAAUGGAAAUCAUCACCAGCAAACCAGAUGUGUUGCUGGGUGAGAAUGCCAUGCUCCUCUGCAAAGCUGGUGGGGAAGGAGACAUCACCUGGCAGAAAGAUGGAGAGGAUGCUGAAGAUGACCAGGUUGAGAAAGUGGAUGAAACAUCGUCAAAACUGUUCAUCAGGAAUGCCAAGAUAGAGGAUGCAGGACGGUACACAUGCCUCUGUGAAUUUGACACAGGCCACAGAGAUUAUGUAUCUUCUGCCAUCUUUGUCUACGAGCCGCCAUCCUUUGGGCAAACACCGACCAACCAUGAGUUCCUGGAGGGUCAAGAUGUGGUCAUCACCUGCGUGGUCACUGGCAAGCCGGCGGUGGAAGUCAACUGGGAGAGGGACCAUCAGAAACUGCACUCUGACGCAGGUCGGAUCACAAGAUUGAAAGACAACUCCCUACAGAUCAACAACAUCAGCAGGAAGGAUCGCGGAUCAUAUACCUGUGAGGCUAAAAUCAAGGACCGGCCCAUUGUCAAAAAGCACGUCAUCUCCAUCUUCGUCAACGUUCCUCCCACAGUGAAGAUCCAUGAGGAGGUGAAGAAAGUCAUGGCCGGACCAGAGACCAAUGUCUCCCUCAGCUGCCUGGUCGAGGGAGUCCCCCAACCGAACAUCAUCUGGACAAUCCCAGACUCUUCAGAUGAGUCCCGCUACAAGUACAACUCGGACAAGAGCGAGCUCAUUAUCUCGUCCGUUGUCAGGAGCGACUACGGAGAGUACAUCUGCACGGCCAAGAAUAAGAUCGCAGAGAGCAGUGCCAUGAUCAUGCUGGAUGUCUCAGAGCAUCCUGUAGCAGUGCUGAGCCAGGAGAAGAUGAAGGUGGAGCCAGGCCAGACUCUCUCAGUGUCCUGUAACGUCUCAGGACACCCUAUGCCCGCGCUACAGUGGGUCAGGAAGACCAACAAUGACCACCUGCUAACAGUGGACACUGGUGGAGGUCGAGUGAGAAUGGAGGAUGGCUAUGUCCUGGUCGUUGACAAUGUGACGUCCUCAGAUGGAGGGCUGUACAGCUGCAUGGCUAUCAGUCCUGCUGGCAACGCCUCCACAGACUUCAGCCUGCAGACUUGGCCAGGCAAAGCAUCCCAGGUAAGUGGCACCCCAGGGCCCACAUCGGUCCACUUCACCCUGGGGGCUUCCCUGGUGGACGGGGGCUCUCCCAUCACCCACUUCACCCUCCAGUGGAAGACAGAACGUGAGAACAAUUGGCAGGAGAGAGUCAUCCAGUCCACAGACCCCCUGGUUAUCACAGAUCUGAUUCCCUACACCUCCUACUCUGUCCGGUUUGCCCCUCGGAACCACCUGGGUCAGGGUGGCUUCUCAGACGAGCUCACAGUCCGCACACAGGGCAUACGAGGGGAGCCAGACAGCCCGGUCCUGGUGGCCAGCGAGGGGAAGUUUGAGGGCAAUAUGUUCUCAAUCCCUUUAACACAGUUGGACUGCGGAGGCUCCCCCAUUAUCCACUACAUUGUCCGUUACAGAGUGAAUAAGAUGGAUGAGGACUGGAGGGUGAAGGACCUGCCGUCCAACUCGACAGUGAUCAACCUCCAUGACCUGCAGUGUAAAUCAGACUACCACAUGGAGGUGCUAGCCGUCAACUCCUACGGCUCCUCCAGGCCAGCCAAGCUGAACUUCAAUGUCCCACAACCUGUAGCCAAGAUGAAUAAGGGUGGGAUGGCGAAAUGGGCCGUGGCAGGCAUUGUCAUACUCAUCUUUUUGGUGCUACUGAUGGCUGUUGACGCCACCUGUUGCUAUACCAACCGCUGCGGCAUGCUGAUGUUCCUGGCUGUCAAGCUGUUUGGGCAGAAGGUCCCUGGGAUGAAGACUGUGGAGGAGGGUGACGGCACCUGUAAUGGGAAAACGUCCCCCAUUGGAGAUCCUGCCACAGAGGCCUGAGUUACUGAACGGGAAGUGACAUCCUAGUAUCUUAAGAAUGGAACCUGUAAAUGCCAAAGUAGAAAGGAGGAAGUGUUGUGAGUAGGGGUCUUAGUUAAAUGUAUUUGGAGAGUUCCCAGGACAGUCCAUUUUGAGAAAGGAUAAGGAUUCGGAAAGUUAUCUGAAUUGUAAAGUCUAACAUCAACAGAUGGUUGUAAUUUCAUCCAGCCCUGUGUGUUAAGUGUUCCAUUUCCUUUAUAUUUCAGUACAUUAAGGCGGCUGUAAUGUCAGGGAGACUUUCGUAGUUCAUUAAUUGAAUCAUAACUCAUUAUUUAUUGAAGUUUAUAUUAACUUUAAUCUGCAAACAAUCUGUAAGUGACAUAUCAUUAUUUGAUAAGGACAGUUUAUCCUAACAUAUUAACAUGAUUCCACAUUGAAUAUACAGCAUAAUCACGUUAACAAAUAACGACGUGACAAAAUUACAUCUCUUUAAGUGUUGUAAUCAUGAGAAAUAUACAGAGCUCAUAUAUUACAGAGCAAUAUGAUAUGCUUAUUUUUUAAUAAUCUGUUGUUAUGUUAUGUAUGUAAUAAUUUUAUGUUUGUAUUUGUAUAAUUAUCCACUUUUUUUACUGUUUAUUUUGUAUAUUGUACACUGUACAUUGUUAGUACAUACACAUACAGUAUAACAGCUUGUAUUUUGCUAUUUAAAAAAUGUCACUUAACAUACUUUUUUUCAUUCACUUUUCUUGAGUUUACCAUACUGUAGGCCUUGAGGUCUAGAUAUCAAAGUUCUCUGACCACCUCAGUGUGUUUGCAGUUGUCUGUAGAUAACUGCAUCGUCAUCUUCUGCCUUGUUAUUCCGCUGCAUCCUUUUAAAGGGAACAGGUUUUAGUGCAGAUCUAUAUUUGUAUUUACCUAGUAGUUAUUACUAUAUUACAGAUACUACAUAAUGUAAGCCUGUUGUUGCAUUGUUGGGGACACGUUUUUUGCAAGUUAUUAUGCAAUGGUUUGAUACACAUUAUUUUCCUUGUGCAAUUGACUUUGAGUGUCUCACUCACUCUGUGUUUAUUUACCUGGGUGAAGGAGCAGGCCUGAUAUUGAGCUCUGCGUAGUUCAUGUCAUCAGGAUCAGUGAUCGGCUUGGCUGACCAUUUCACGUUUUCAUAGAUGUCCUCUGGUCUAGACAAGGUUGCUUUCUGUAACUAACAGUCAGAAUACAGUCAAAAUACUGAGCACUGGCCCCAGGCAUAGAAUGACUCUCUUUCUACUCAUUGGCAUAUUUUAAUGAACUCAAAGUUCAAUGGGAUUGAUUUCCACAUUUACAUACAAGCUGUUUUUUAUUUAAGAAAAACAGAACAAUAAAUUCCAUGUGUAAGGUUUGUUUCGCAAUGACAACAUAGCCCAUUCGCAAUGACAACAUAGCCCAUUCGCAAUGACAACCACAGUAAGGCCACUGUUCGUACUUUACUUUCCUCUGAUCACCUACUUGGGGGAAUGGUUUGGUUGGAACCUUCUUCUCGCGCGUAUUCAACUUCCGUCUGUGGAUGAUACAACAAAGUGAGAAUUCAGCCAUAAAGGCCAACUAAAUAGCCUGUCAUGCUUUUCAGUAACUUUCCACUGUGGGCCAACCAAACCAACAGUUGGUGGUUGUCGAUGCCAGUAUGGUAAAUCUUUUCGAAAGAACAUUGGAAAUAAAGAAGUUGUGAAAGUC